AUGGAGAAAGGAGGAGUUGUUCCCAUGCGAUUGUUUGCUAACUGGGAGAUGGACCGAGCCAGUUCAAGCGUUGUCCAAAGGGUGUGUUUCCUGAGUAUGAACCGUGUAAUUCUGCAUUCUCUACCAUCACAAAUUCAGUCAAUUGUCAUUACUGCUAAACUGGAGGGUAGUAAAAGGAGUUUGCGAAGCAACGACAUAGGAAUCACACCAUAUCAUGGCCGUGUUGACCUAGAUCUUGAUAUUUCCUUCACAAUACAAUAUCCCCAUUUUGUCAAACGGAAAGGAAACACGUUGCAAAUCCUUAUUCAGAGAAGAAGGAAAUACAAAAACAGGCCGUUCCCGUCAUCAUUCAAGACAAUAGCCGUAGGGAUGGUAAAUUUAACUCAGCUGCUUCAAAAUGGAGGUCUUCGUGAGAUACCGCUGUGGUCGUCAGAAACAGAUGAUAAACAGUCUUCAGAAGUACAAAGCAUUGGUCGCUUACAUCUAGUUACAUGCCAAUCUCAACCGCUUGAAAUUGAUUUGGAACGGGACAGGGUUGGCAAGAAACAGAGUGGCAUUGAAGGUGAUCUUAGUGAGGACGACUCUGACAGUGACUACGAAGAUGUACCUGGAGAUAGUGACAUCAACGAGCCAACAAGUGCUAGAAGCACGGCGAGGGGACAAACUGUCCGGAUGAAUCACAAGGCUUCCCACGCGACUCGAAAGAAUAAUAUAAGGCAGCGAUUUGUCACAUUGUUGAAGAGGUUCAGAGUCCCAGAGGAGGAGGGAAUUCCUUCGAGAUCUACUUCUGCUGCAUUGGUUCCGACAGAUAGAGAGUUGCAAGACCUUUUUGAAGAACUCGAAAAUAUGAGCGAUAGCGGACCUGAAAUGGCGGUGGACGAAAUUUCUAUCGAUAGUAAUCCAAGGCCUGGGCUUCGCCCUUUUUUUACACGAUCAAAAGAAGUUCUCCCUGCCAUUUAUGAUCGCGAUGCAGAAAAUGGGUCCGAUAGCGAGGGUGAGGCAGAAGACCUGGACUGGUCAUCUGAAACGGAAAAAGAACGUGACAAAAGCGAUAUGAAAGGAUCCCAAUGUCAGGACACAAAAAAGGAAAUGAUGGGAUUCGCUUCAAAAGCUUCAGGCGAUCAGCAGUGCACGAGUAGCGUAACAUCACCUUUAAUCACCUCGAAAUCACAACAUAGAGUAGGUUCAACAAGUAGUGCACCACUAAUUCAAUGCUCAUCGCUUGGUGGGAUUUCUCAUUCGAUAACAACCGGUUCAAUCUCUAAAAAGUUGGAAAAGGAUAAAGUAGGAAUAACACCGAGUGAGAAAAACAUUGGAGUCUCCGAGCAGUUAUCGAUGCUGCUUUCUUCUUAUCCUGCCACAUCACCUGGAUGUUGGUUAUGCUCUUAUCUUGAUCUACCUCAUCUAUCUACCUUUUCUGUGGCUACUGUUAACUGCCCAUCUGAAAAUGCUGUGAAGCAAGCUAUGGGACAAAUUGUGAACACAAUUCUGAAUUUCUGCAACUCGAAUUCUUCCAAUCCUCCUGUAACUUUUAUCGGAAUAAUUGGAGCUGAUAAGUUUGUUGGACAGAUUUUGCGUGCUUACGUGGAUUGUCUUCAUCAUAAAUCAUCAAGUAACUGGCUGCACUAUCUACGAUUUGCCGUCAUACCCGCUCCACACUCAUUGAUAGCGAAACUUAUUGAAGGAAUUGAUGUGGCGCUCGAUCAACUUUGUCGUGACAUGUGGGAACGAUGGGCUGAUCUCAGCUCUGCCGAUAAGCAAGCGGUCACCGAAAAAAUGAAUUCAUGGAUUGCAAAUGGAGGUGGUUGCUUGAAUCUGCCAAUAGGAGAGGCAUUGCUGCAGAUGACUGAAAAAGGUCAAGAGGCGGAUGCGUGUCGAGUCUUCGUGCCUUUUCUCGCAGAAGUUCGAGUUGGCCAAAGCAGUGAAGAUGAAGAUGCGGGAUGCACGUACUCAUCUCCUCGGACAGUUGAGGUCGAAAGGGAAAAUGUAGUUUCUGCGCGAGAAUAUUACUCUGGUUUGAGCAGCUCACCGCCUAACAGUCCUCACAUUCGUACUGACGCCCAUGAAAUGCACGUUGAGUAUUGGCUUGGACGCGAUCCAUCAAAUGAAAAUACGAAUACGACCGGUGCACAGAAUUUGACUCCAAAUUCCAAGAAAGAUCUCACUAAAGGAUCCAUAAAAGCCACGUUCCGGACGCUUGUUAUAACACGGACAUGCAAUCAUCCACUCUUGUCACUAUCGUUUGUAAAGGAGAAGAAAAAAGAAAAGAUGCUUCAGAAGUUGGGGAUGAAGAAAGGACAGAAGUCAGAAAAUGAGAAUCCAGUUGUGCAGGUGGCUGCUGUAUCCCGAUUGCUCUGUAGCGGUGCAAGCAAACACAGCGAUCUUACAGUGAGCGUUGAUGGCUCCGUAUACGAACGUGUUCGAUAUUUUCAAUGCAGCUCACAGUGGCAGACUCACAUAAAGUCUUUUCCAGUAUCACUUAUCACACAUGGUGCUGCUCCUAUUGCACUGUGA